AUGUCGACGCAGGACCCCACAACUGUCUACUCUCUGGCGGCGGUGUCCCCACGAUCUGCUACGAGGCCACAACGGGUCCUUUCUUGCGUGCUGUGCCAGCAGCGCAAGGUCAGAUGUGACCGUGAAUUUCCAUGCGUCAACUGCAUCAGAGCUGGCGUUCAAUGCAUUCCUGCCACUGGUGCGCGCCAGCGGCGUCGCAGGUUCCCCGAGCGAGAGCUGCUGGAGCGUCUGCGGCGCUACGAGGCCCUGCUCCGCCAGAAUAAUAUCCCAUUCGACCCACUGCACCAACCGACAGUAGAAGGGCUGUGCCAAAGUGAGCAUCCCGGGGGAUCUAGCACCCCAGACGAAACAGCAGACUCCACUGUGGGAAUGGAUCAACUGUCAAACGAGAAGAAAACAGUAAAGUGUGAAUAUUCAAAUGAGGCCAAGAAUUUCUGGUAUCUUAUGAAUCAAAUGUCCCUAGGUCCUGGGGAUGAGGAUAACGAUGAUGAGGACACCGAUGGAAACGGUAGCAGCCACCCGCAAGACGAUGUGGGUGAGACUGUGGUUAACAAGGCGUGGGAUCAGAUAUAUCAAAGCCACGAGCAAAACCUUCUCUUUGGCUCAUGUAGCACAAACGUCGAUAUAUCUACGCUGCACCCAGCUCAGGUCCAGAUCUUCCGGCUGUGGCAGGUCUACUUGGAGAAUGUGAACCCUUUGCUUAAAGUCACUCAUACCCCUACCCUGCAACCUCGCAUGAUUGAUGCUGCCGGCGAUGUAGCAAAUAUCAGCCCUACAUUGGAAGCGCUAAUGUUCAGUAUAUAUUGCGUAUCCAUAUUGAGCCUUGGUGAAGACGAAUGCCGUGCCAAUUUUAGGACGCCGAGGGAUGAUCUUCUGAAAAGGUACCGGGUCGCAUGCCAACAGGCUCUACUGAAAUGUGAGGUUUUGCGUACCAGUAGUGUUGAGUGCUUGACAGCAUUGUAUUUGUACCUGGUCUCGGUAAGACCCUGCACAGACCCGCGGUCUGUAUCCUCAAUGCUUGGUAUUGCUAUCCGUAUCGCACAACGUAUGGGCAUUGAAAACGAGACAUCCAAUGCCAGAUGCACUGCUCUCGAGGGUGAAAUGCGUCGACGGCUGUGGUGGUCACUAAUUAGUUUCGAUAAUCGUAUCUCCGAAAUGUCAGAUCACAAGACCACAAUGCUUAUUCCCACCUGGGACUGUAGGGCGCCCCUGAACGUGAAUGACUUUGAUAUCCGGCCAGAAAUGACAGUAUUGCCACAAAGUCACGACGAACCCACUGAGGCCCUUUUCACUGUCGUACGCAGUCAAGUGGGCGACUUCAUGCGCCACAGUGCUUUCCAUCUCGACUUUACCAACCCCUCCUUGAAGGCUAUCAUUAGGGAUAGCCCGCAUGGCGCUGGCCCAGAAGGAGAGAGAAUGAUAGCCUUCGAGAAGACGAUAGAGAAUAGAUAUCUCAGAUCCUGCAAUCCAGAGAACCCGCUUCACUUCAUGACCAUUUGGACGACGCGAGGCCAGCUUGCCAAGAACCGCCUAUUAGGACAUUAUUUGAAAUAUUCAUCCAUGCAGCAAACAGAUGAGCAGCGCGAUAUCGCUAUUUCAUAUGCGUUAAAUAUCAUUGAGUGCGAUACGAAGCUCAUGACCUCUCCUCUAACGAAAGGGUACCGUUGGCUUAUCGACUUUCACUUCCCGUUUCCCGCAUACAUCUAUAUCCUGAAAGACUUGCGAAAGAGACCUACGCUGGAGCAUGCUGACAGGAUCUGGAGGACUAUAAGCAAUGACUGGGAAGCUCGCUUCAAGGAUAUGCAAAAGGUGAACCCCUUUUUAGAUUUCUUCGUUAAACUUGUUCUCGAGGCCUGGGAGGCGCGUGAGGCGGUGUUCAGACAAAUCAAGAAGCCACUACAACUACCGGGGAUUGUAUUGGGCAUCCAACAGGUGGCGCAGACGAUGGGAGAUAUACAAGGGAGCGAUCCAAGACAACCCAAGGGCAGACUGAAUAUGAACACUGACCAGUUGUCAAUGACUAUGCCGAUGAACUUUUGUACCCAUGACUUGCUCUACAGCAUGGAAGGUCAGGACCUUCUGGGCCCGGAGCUUGGGGCCUACUCUGGCAUACCUGAACCUGGACAGGCGACAAUGAAUGUUGAGGUGAACCAGUCAGAUUGGACUACAGUAGACUGGUAUCCAAUGCACACUCAUAGCUGGUGA